AUGGCUAUGGGAGGUGAUGGUGAUGCUCGAGGAGCAACGCAGCUCAAGUAUAACGGUACAGGCGCAACAGGUGCUAACCCGCUCGAUAUGGAUGUCAAUAUCUGGUACGAGCCUGGUGAUAUCGCCUGGAUGCUCUCGGCCACGGCUCUAGUGCUGUUAAUGAUUCCUGGCGUUGGCUUCUUCUAUUCAGGUCUCGCCCGUCGCAAAUCGGCUCUGUCGCUUAUAUGGCUCUCAGUAAUGAGCGCCGCGGUGACAACUUUCCAAUGGUUCUUCUGGGGCUUCUCUCUCACCUUCUCGCAUACGGCCGGCCCGUUUAUCGGUGACCUUGCCAACUUUGGCUUCCGCGAUGUCCUGGCCCGGCCCUCGGUUGGUUCCGCACAUCUCCCCGAUAUGCUCUUCGCCGUUUACCAGGGCAUGUUCUCCGCCCUAACUGUGGCUCUCGCUACCGGUGCCGUCGCCGAACGUGGCCGCAUGCUCCCCUGUAUUAUCUUCACCUUCGUGUGGGCCACUGUCGUGUACGACCCCAUUGCCUGCUGGACCUGGAACCCCAGUGGCUGGUCUAACAAGAUGGGCGGCCUCGAUUUUGCUGGAGGUACCCCUGUGCACAUCGCUUCUGGAAGCGCUGCUCUGGCUUAUUCCAUGAUGCUGGGCAAGCGUAGUGGCCAUGGAACGCAUGAGCUCAACUACCGCCCUCACAAUGCUACCCAUAUCGUGACCGGAACAGUCUUUCUUUGGGUUGGAUGGUUUGGCUUCAACGCCGGCUCUGCCCUCUCUGCUAACCUUCGCGCCGUAAUGGCCGCCGUCGUAACUAACCUUGCUGCUUGUGUCGGUGGCAUGACCUGGUGUCUCUUGGACUAUCGUCUGGAGAGGAAGUUUUCCACUGUCGGUUUUUGCUCUGGUGUUGUUGCUGGUCUCGUCUGCAUCACUCCUGGCUCUGGUUACGUCCCCCCAUGGGCUGCUGUCAUCUUUGGGGCUGUCGGCGCUGCUGGCUCCAACUAUGCGACCAAGGUGAAGUUCCUCCUUGGAAUUGAUGAUGCACUCGAUAUCUUCGCCGUCCACGGCAUUGGUGGUUUGAUCGGUAAUAUCUGCACCGCCUUCUUCGCCACCCCCAGCAUCGCUGCUCUCGACGGCUACUCUCACAUCAAGGGCGGUUGGGUCGAACGUCACUGGGCGCAGAUGGGUUAUCAACUUGCCGAUUCCAUCUGUGGAGGCCUAUACUCAUUCGUCGUCACUUGCAUCAUCCUAUUCCUGAUGAACCUCAUUCCCGGUCUGCGUCUUCGAGUCGAUUCGGAUGCAGAAGUUCAGGGUAUCGACGACGCUGAGAUCGGAGAGUUUGCAUAUGACUACGUUGAGCUUACUCGCGAAGUCGUAAGCGACAUCGACAACGAAUCCGGAAGCCGAUACUCGGCUGAUCCUACGGCUUUCCACCAUUACGAAAAGAACCACAUCCCCAUGAUUGAUGCUCGCAUGUUUGGUGGCCAGCCCGCGCAUGCUCCUGUGACGUUUCCACAGUGA